AAGAGGGCGGCUGCAGUUCAAGAUGUCGGAGCGGGCGGGAAGCGGCGCUGCCGCUGCAGCCGCCGUUGCCGCUAAGGAGAAGCGCAGGCAGCAACUGAAGCGCUGGAAGGGUUCUUGCACCGAUCUAGAACCGGGCGAGCCGCGGUGGCUGGCGGUGGCGGGAGCGGUCAGCGGUUCGAGCCCGAGGCGGGUGAGGUUCGAAGCGGCUGCGGAGUUCCUGGCGGCCUGCGCCAGUGGGGACGCGAAAGACGCUGAGGAAAUGCUGAAGGGAAGCGCCGACGUGAACUGCGCCAACACGGACGGAAUCAGUGCCCUCCACCAGGCCUGCAUAGAUGAAAAUUUGGAAAUGGUGGAGUUUUUGCUGGCACGUAAUGCCAAUGUUGACCUGCCGGAUAACGAGGGAUGGACACCACUGCAUGUGGCGGCAUCGUGUGGUUAUUCUGAAAUUGUUGAGUGUUUAAUCAACCAUGGUGCCAAUAUUGCUGCUGUGAAUAGUGAUGGGCAGUUGCCAAUUGACCUUGCAGAGGAGGACUACAUGGAGACCCUGCUGCAAGAUCACAUUAACAAGCAGGGGAUUGAUGUGGAAUCUGCAAGACGUGAAGAGGAGGAAUUGAUGCUACAACAUGCCAGACAGUGGUUAAACAGUGGGAAGAUUGAAGAGGUAUCUAAUCCGAAGUCUGGUGCCAAUGCUCUCCAUGUUGCUGCUGCCAAAGGCUACAUUGAAGUGAUGAGGCUGCUCCUUCAGGCAGGGUUCAGUGUCCACGCACAAGACAAAGAUGGCUGGACACCAUUGCAUGCUGCUGCACACUGGGGAAUGGAAGAAUCCUGCAGGCUUCUUGUGGAACAUUUCUGUGACAUGGAAGCAUUAAAUAAUGCAGGCCAGACACCAUUUGAUGUUGCAGAUGAGGACAUUUUAGGAUUACUUGAGGACCUUCAGAAGAAACAAGAUGAUCUGAAGACCGAAAAAGAAGAAAAGAUGAAACGAGCCAUUAUUGAAACCUCUAUACAGCAACAACAGCAGCCGGCUAAACCCAGGAAGAGCUCUGUCUGUAGGAUGAGCAGCAAGGAGAAGAUCUCUGUGCAAGAUCUGUCAAAGGAGCGUAAGACGUUGGAAACCUUGUCUUUAGAUGAAAGCAAGAAAGAGGAAUCCAGCAGUUCGAGUUCAGAAACUGAGGAGGCAUCGGAGUCUGAUUCAGAAUGUGAAACUGAAAAGAACAAGAAACCAGUCGUCAGUAACGAUACCAAUAACUUAAAUGGCACUGAAGUUAUUCCUCUAGCGCCUACUGUCACCCUUGCACCAUCAAGCCUGCAGGACACUGACUCAUUUACAAAGCUAACUGUCAAGCAAGAAGCUCCUCCUGCAGCUUGGCGUACUGGACUUCGGAAAGCUGGCAGCUAUGUCACGCUACCUGAUGCACAGCACUCUCCUGAGAAGAUCCCACUAGGUGGUAUCAAACGCUCUGCUUCUUCACCACGAUUGAGCUCUGAUGGGAAGGACAAAGGAAUACAGGAGACCCGCCUGGCCAGAGUGCCUCCCACUCCAAUUGGAAGGAUGCUCAGCGUGCCUGAGACUUCAGCUGAGCAUGCAAUAAGCGCUGCCUACCAGCAGGUUAGAGAUACCAGCUCCCAAAUGCCAAAGGAUGUUCCGGGCACCACUGAUUUUAAAGAGAGGCGUCGGUUAUAUCUUACCCCAGUGCGUGAUGAGGAGUCAGAAUCCCAAAGAAAGGCACGGUCACGGCAUGCUCGACAGUCCAGACGAUCAACACAGGGUGUAACACUCACAGAUCUAAAAGAAGCAGAAAAGACCAUAGGGGGUGCCACAGAGACAAAAAGCCAGGAUCAGCUGGAGAAGAGAGAGGAAAAAGAGAGUGACAGCAGAAAAGGAAGGAGUUUAGUUGCUGAGGACAAGGAAGUGGGUAGUCGACUGAGACCCUCCACCACUGAAGGUGUAUCGCUUACAUCCACAUUCUCCAGAUAUUCUGUCGCUUCAGCUUCGGUUAUAGAUUCAUACAAAGAAACCGAAGACAGCAAAAAGGAGGAAGGAGAUUCGGAUUAUAGCAACCAGAAUCGGUUAUCUAUACGAGAUCGACGGAAAGCUAGGAAAGAACGUAGGUUUACUGGCAAAUCCGAAUUCACAGAAGAGGAAGACAGCACAGAACAGAUGAACAGUGUGGACACUUUAACGCACAGGUAUGGCCUAAGUCAGAGUGAUCGGAUUCCAAGCAGAAUUGGAACACCCUUCCACUCCAGUGCAGGACGAAUGGAGGAUGGGAAUAAUGACUUCCGGAAGAUGUAUGAAGUUGUCUUGUCAGAGAAUGUGAGACUUAAGAGCGAGUUACGAGAAGCACAAUCUUACCUCACACAAGCUAAUCAGGAAUUGGAGAGGGUGUUGCAGAGACAAGGAAGGCAUGAAAAUAGGCCGGCACAAUUGGAGUUGGAAAGAUUUGAACGAAGGGCAUUUGAAAGAAGGACGGCCGAACUGGAGGAGCAGCUGAAGGUUUUAACAGACUUAAAAACAAACAAUCAGAGACUAAAGGAUGAGAAUGCGGCCUUGAUCCGUGUCAUCAGCAAGCUGUCAAAAUAGUUGAGGUGCCAUCCUCCAGCUGCACCAUUCUAAAACCUGGGAGAAACAGUUGCCAACUCUGAUACUGUACAGCUGACUCUGGGUCAGGGUCAAAGGAGAAUCUCUUCCAUGUCAAGUAUUUUUUUUCACAGCCAAUAUGGUUAACUAUUGUGGGGGGGUAGGGCAGAUAAAAGACAGGAGGGGCAACCUUAUGAUAGUCCAGGCAACCAACCAACCAGCCUAAGUUCCAAUGGCCAAAGCUGAUGCAAGUUGUCAGAUGUGUCUGGUCGAGUAAAAUUGCCAAUAGUGACUCUGUGUUGUUCUGAGAUUUUUUUUGUUUUUUUUGUAUCUAACCAGUUGUGAAGGUUAUCUUUUGUGACCUCCUGGAUGUGUGUGUUUGUAUAAAAUACGUAUUUAUGUUCUGGUGAAUGGAUAGCUCAGUUUGUUAAUUCACAUUCCUGUGUCCUGGUCAGUUGGAUAAACAUACUUUCACAAUUAGUAGUACUCUGGUCAAUUACCAUUGCCCCUUUCUACCACACUCUCUGCCCUGACAUGAAACAUUUUUUACAGCUAUUGAAUGUAUUUCAAUCUUGCAACUUGUUAUUUCUUUUCCUGUAAAUGCUUUUAAAUAGCCCUUCUCAUGGUAAUCAGUAUGUG